AAUCCAAGGGCUUUUUAAAGACAGUCCGAUCACCCAGGUCUUGUCUGCCACCUGCUGGUCAAAAAUAUGUGAAAUGAUCCUCAACAAAAAAAGCAGUAACGUUGACGUUUUCGUGUAGGCUAAAUGCAUGUAUGUAUAAAUGCAACCCUUAAACAGCCAUUUAAAUGUAGGCCUAAACAAGAUGUCGUUCUUUGAUACGACUUAUUUCUGUGUAAUAAAAGUCAAAACAACAACGUUGGUUGAGGCUUGGGCAGUGACGCAUGUGUUACGUCACUUAUCAACACGGAACAAGCAUGCACAUUCGACUCUGCCCCGUCUACAGGACUUCUUCGUCGGUAUGGAUGACUACAAGAUCCUGAAAGUGAUUGGGGAGGGAUCCUUUGGUCGUGCCCUAUUGGUCCAGCAUAAAAACUGUGAAACAAAAUGGGUAUUGAAAGAAAUCCAAAUUCCAAAGGCUCGAAGUGGAGCACAGUCCAGAAGAGAAGCAGUGCUCCUGGCCAAAAUGAAGCAUCCAAAUAUUGUGGCCUUUAAGGAUUCAUUUGAAGCUGACGGCUAUUUGUACAUUGCCAUGGAGUUCUGUGGUGGAGGUGACCUGCUUCAAAGGAUCCGUCUGCAAAAGAACGCACAUUUCUCUGAGGAUGUUGUCUUGAAAUGGUUCGCCCAGAUGUGCUCAGGUGCCAAACAUAUCCACGACAAGCGUGUCCUACAUCGGGAUUUGAAAUCCAAGAACAUUUUCCUGACAGACAAUGGAACAGUCAAGCUGGGAGACUUUGGCUCGGCCUGUCUUCUGAGCAGUGCUGAAGGUUGUGCUCAGACAUACGUUGGUACUCCCUAUUAUGUAUCUCCAGAAAUCUGGGACAGUAAACCAUAUAACAACAAAAGUGAUGUGUGGUCACUGGGCUGUGUGCUAUACGAGCUCUGCACUCUUAAGCACCCGUUCCAGGCCUGCAGCUGGAAGAGCCUGAUCCUGAAAGUAUGUCGAGGUGCCUACGACCCUUUGCCCAAGCACCUCCCGUACGAGCUCCAUUACCUGAUCAAGCACAUGUUUAAGACCAACCCCAGGGACCGGCCCUCCGUCCAGACCAUCCUGACCUCGCACCGCAUCUCCAGGUUGCUGCAGAAACAUCUGCAGACUCCCGAGAAACCACAGACCGAGCGUGUUCAGCGUUGGAGGAGAGAGGAUGGUAAAGCGGUGGCCAAACUACUUGGUCAGAAGACACUUCUCACCGCCUCGACAGUAGAGAGCACUUUUGGGGAGAGUCACGAAGGAGAAUUGAGGCCUCGCCGGAGGUGGGCUGCAGGCCCCUCCGAGACGGUCCUGGAGGUCCUCAAAAAUGCUGAUGUAAUUUCCUCGGACAGCAUGCCUAUCGGUGACCUCGAGGCAUGUUCAGAGUCUUUAGCCUCUGAGGCGCCGCAGAAGAGAGAGAGGAGACGGUGGGACCGGGAGCCUCCGCAGCGUCUCCUGAGCCUGCUGGAGAAAGCCAGCCUCAGCACGGCUUUCAAAACCUACACUAUACACCGAAAAGGGACUUUGAGGAAGAGACUCAUUUUGACCUGCUGGAUGGACUGGAAAAACUGACUACUGAACACUAACAUUUUAUCACCAUUUUCCACAAAUGCUAACGCUGAUCUCAUGGGUGUCGGAGCCAUUAUACGACUUUUUAUAAUUGUUAGUUUGGAACCCCCCCACACACUUUUGCAAUGCAAAAUAUCAGUGCUGUUUUAAAACUGUUAUAGUAAUAUCUCCAACGUCCAUGUCAAAUCCAUUCCACUUGAUUACAAAUGCUAUAAUGAAACUUGAUGGCAAUAAUUUUGGAGUUUCAAGACUAGUUUUAGUUAGCCAUGUGGCCCCUCUUGGCAUGAAACAAAGAUACCCUCCCCUCCCCCAAUGAAAUGCUAAUGUACUGGUUCCAAGGGCAAUCAGAUCCACAAGACAAAGGAUGUUACCUUGCUAUACUGUAUCCAUGUCAUGAAAUUUAAAUGUAUUCAUGUUUGGUAUCAUUGUAAUAGUCGCAGUACAAGGAUUGUAAUGAUUUAAUUGUAAGAAUGUUUGGAACGUUCUAUAAGUGAUAUUUCUGAUUUAUAGGAUAUCUCUCCUCAUGCUGAUCAGAUAAGAAUGGGUAGGUGUGAGUAGGUGUUUCUGAUGCCAUCUGGAGAACCAACCACGUGGGCUUGUUUUGCCGCCAAAUUCUUUCUUUGUUUAACUCAUACAAAAGUGACUAACUUGCAUUGUUUGUUAGAACGAGAACUAGAACUGAAGAAGAGAGAGAGAGAGGUUAGCCUCUGGCCAUGGCCUAAGACCAUAUAGACCAUUUUUUUACCCUCUCUGCUUGUAACAGAAUAAACCUGAUUCCUAAGUUUU